UAUUUCGUCGAUAUAGAAACAUAUCUGAAAUCACAAAAAUAGUUCUUUCUAACCUAUACGUGUUGUUGAUUUUCGGUUUAGUUUCGUAGGAAAAAAUAAAAUUAACUAAGUAUGAAGCACUUUAGUUUUAUUGCACGUACCGUUUUGAUAAAAGACAACAACAUUGAUGGCCCGUUCCGGCUUCUGAACAGAAUAUUGGGUCGGGAAGAGAUUUUUGAUCAGUAUCGAAGAACUAGAUACUAUGAAAAACCAACUCAAGUAAGACGAAGAAUAAAUUAUGAAAGAUGUAAAUCAAUUUACGAUGAAGACAUGAACAGGAAAAUUCAAUUUUUGCUGAGAAAAAAUCGGGUCGAUCCUUUUCCGGGAUGUCAUUAGUUCUUAUAAUCUAAUAUUCUGAAUUAUAUAUGUAUACAACAUGUAGGAUAAUAAAAUAACAUUUAACAUUAUAAGUAAUAAUGUCAUAUAUAUUCAUCAGAUUCAAAUAUAAUGAAAUUUGUAAUAUUUUAA